UAUUUUAACAAAAAUGAUAGAUUAUACAUUCAGAAGUAUGUCUGAAUUCACCCCAGUAAAGCAUGGUAGAUCCCUUGCUAAGAAGCUUGGAGAGGGAACUUUUGGGACUGUCUUCUUAGCCUAUGAUGAUGUUGAAAAAGAGUAUGUAGCAAUCAAAAAGAUAAAACUCAAAAAAUUUGAUGAAGGUGUUCCCAAAGAUGUAAUCAGAGAGAUUGAGGCACUCAAAUGGCUCAGAGGAAACCCUAACAUUAUUGAACUUAAAGCAGUAUUCUUAUAGACGAAGACUGCAUUGUCCUCGUCCUAGAACUUCUCGAGUUCGAUUUGUUUGAUUACAUCAAGUUUUGGAAGACAAAUGAAGGAGAUGAAGAGAAGAGGAUGAAAGAAAUACAGCGAAUUAUGUACAUGCUUAUAAGUGCAGUCCAUCAGUGACAUAUGAAUAACAUCAUGCACAGGGAUAUCAAACCUUCCAAUAUAAUGUUUGAUAAAAGUGGGAAGUUGAAACUCAUUGAUUUUGGUCUUGCAAGAGUCUCUGUUCCUGACGAAUCUCUCCCUGAGAGAGUAAUGUCGCUUGAAAUUGGCACACGAUGGUAUAAAGCUCCUGAAGUUCUUCUGGGAGCUAAGGACUAUGACAAAAGCAUUGAUAUAUGGGCAAUUGGGUGCAUAUUUGGAGAAUUAUUAGGAAAUAAAACACUAUUCAAAGGAUGAAAUGAUAUUGAACAAAUAGUGAUGGUAAUAAAGACAAUAGGGACCCCUAAUGACACAACAUGGCCGAACUUUAAAAACCUUCCAGAUUUUCCCAAACUCAUUUUCCCAAAAAGUGAGGGAACUUCAAUGAAAGAUAUAUUUCCUAAGUAUGAAGGUGUGAUAACAGAUUUCUUACAAGAUUUGUUGACUCUGAAUCCUGAGAAUAGGCUACUUACCUCUGAGGCAUUAAAGAAUAAAUACUUUACUGAUGAUCCUCCUAGAGAGGAGGAUUGAUACAUUGAUUUGCCCAGUAUGGAUGGAGAAGGGGAAGACUCAUUUGAAGCAUAGCAUAAGUCCUAAAAUCCAUUCUAAAGUAUCUUCAAAUCCCAUUAUA